AUGGCGUACGUUCCCGACAAUGACGAUCAGUACCAGGACCAAUACUAUGAAUAUGACGAAGAUGAAGAAGCCGCUGGCGAGCACUACUACUACUCUGGUCAGGGCGGGGAUGGCUAUGGCUAUGACCAGGACUACUACUCCGAUGAGGAUGACUACUAUGGCGAUGACUAUGACGACCCGGAUGACUACAGCGUGAGUGUCGCGCCGGCCAAGUCCAACAAGAAGGCCGGCCAGGCCACCCCCGCCUCUGCCAAGCAGUCCUCUUCCCUGUCCAGCGCCUCCACCGAGACGAGUAUCUCGGGUAGCCCCCCGAACAGUGCCAGCAACAGCGCCAAUGCCCUGCCCCGUCUCCCGACGUUGCAGAUGCCCAGCCUGCCCGGCCUGCCCAGCUUACCCAGCAGUGUGGCUGCGCCCGCUGUGGCGGCGACGCCCCCGGCGGCCGAGCCCUCCUCCUCGGCUCCGCGGCUGGCCGGCCUCGCCCUGCCGACGACCCGGCCGACGGCCCUGCCGAUGGGCAGCGCCCCUCGGCCGGCCGGGCAGCUUGCCGGCCUCACCCUGCCGACUUUGCCCAGUCUACAGGGAAGUGCAUCGGCCAGCUCGCUGGCCAGCUCGUCCGCGAGUUCUCCCGCUCUCACCACCUCGAGCUUGCCGCGCCUACCGACGCUGAGUCUGCCAGCGGGCUUUUCGACGGCGACCGGGGCGGCCCCGUCGCUGCCGCGCCUGCCCUCGCUGGCGCCGGUGGCGGCAGCCCCUGCGCCGCUCCCCUCGCUGCCGCAGCUCCCGGCCUCCCUCUCGACGGCCAGCCUGGCAAUCUCCUCGACACCGAAGGCCCCGGCAGCGGGCCCCGACGUCCCUCCGGGUGCCCGUGUGUCAGUCCAGAAGGCGGAUUCGUGCUCGGCCUCCAGCCAGCUCCUGCUGGCCCGGGGCGCCGGCUCUUCCUCCUCGGCCAGCCAACACGCCGACGUGUCGGCCUUCCUGUUCGAGCGCCUGCUGCUGGGUCCUGGGGUCGAGGGGAAUGCGCGGCCCGCGCGCCUUGCCGACCCUCGGGCCGCCGGGGCCGCCUUCCCGCGUGAUUGGCUUCCCGGAGUCCAGCCGGCUGCUCCUGGGGAGGCCCUUCCGGUGGUCGCCGAUCCGCAGGCUCGCCUGUCGCUCUUCCUGUCCAGCAAGGAGUCCAAUUUGCGUCGGCUGGCCCCACCAUCGGCCCCGGCCGAGGGGUCCAUGGCACUGACCGACCGCAAGGAGGCCCCGCCUCCUGUUGUCAUCCUUGCCAGCACCCUGCCGCCGGCUGUGGCGGCCUUCGACUUUUCGACACCCUGCCCGGAUGAGGAGAUCGGCUCGGCGCUGGAUCGCUCCAUCUAG